AUGGCCACCUCCGGAGCCUCCUCCUCGUCCCCUUCGACGUACGAUGUAUUCUUGAGUUUUAGAGGAGAAGAUACUCGCAACAACUUUACUGCACACCUACACAACGCUUUGCGUCAAAGGGGAAUCAAUACCUACUUAGAUGAGGAGCUUAGAAGGGGAGAGGAAAUUUCACCAGCACUUUUCAAAGCCAUUGAAGAGUCGAGGAUUUCCAUUCUUGUGCUAUCGGAAAAUUAUGCAUCGUCCACUUGGUGCUUGGACGAGCUUAAGAAAAUCCUUGAGUGUAAGAGAACAAGACAACAAAUUGUUCUACCAAUAUUUUACCUCGUAGAUCCAUCGGAGGUAUGGCAUCAGAGAAAGAGUUUUGGACAAGCAUUGACUAAACAUGAAGACAGAUUUAAGGAUGAUCAUAUGAAGAUGCAGAAAUGGAAGGAAUCCCUAAAAGAAGUGGCCAAGUUGUCUGGAUUUCAUUUAAAGAAGGAAGGGAUUCUUUUAGUUAUUGAUGAUGUGGAUCAACUGGAGCAACUGGAGAAAUUAGUUGGAGAUCAUGAUUGGUUUGGUUUAGGAAGCAGAAUCAUCAUAACAACAAGAGAUCAAAGUUUAUUGACUAAUCAUAAAGUUGAUUCAACAUACGAGAUGAAGAGAUUGGAUCGAAAAGAAGCUUGUGAACUCUUUAGCUGGAAUGCUUUCAAAAGAAACAAACCAAAUGAUGAAUAUGCAGACCUUGCAAAACAUAUUAUACAUUAUUCUGGAGGCCUUCCACUAGCUUUAAAAGUGCUCGGUUCAGAUCUAUAUGGUAGAAGUAUACAUGAAUGGAUAAGUGCUUUGAGUGACUACAAAAGGGUUCCUCACCAAGAUAUUCAAAAAAUAUUAAGAACAAGUUAUGAUGGGUUGCGUGAGAAUGAGAAGAAUAUUUUUCUUGAUAUUGCAUGUUUCUUCAAAGGAGAGCGUGCAGAUUAUGUCAUUAAAAUAUUAGACAAUUGUGGUUUCUCUCCGGAUAUUGGUUUAGAAAAACUUGUGGAUAAGUGCCUCAUAACUAUUGAUAAGCAUAACAUAUUGGGGAUGCAUGACUUGCUGCAAGAAAUGGGUAGGGAACUUGUUCGUGAAGAAUCACCUAAAGAACCUGGCAAACGCAGUAGAUUAUGGUUUUAUGAAGAUGUCCGCCAUGUACUAGAAGAAAAUACGGGGACAAACAAAGUUGAAGGCAUAGUGGUAGAUAUUCCUAAAGGUGAUGACAGGAUUUGUUUAAGUCCCAAAGCUUUUGUGAAGAUGAAAAAUCUCAGAUUGUUUAUAAAUCGUAAUGCACGUUUUUCUGGAAGGCUUAAUUAUCUUCCUAACGAGUUAAGAAUACUUGAUUGGCCUGAAUGUCCUUUACAAUCUUUGCCAUCCAAUUUUCAUGGGAAGAAACUCAUUGAAUUUAGAAUGCCUAGUAGCCACAUCAAGGAACUAGGGCAAGGAUUUGAGAGUUCUUCAAACUUAACCAUUAUGGAUUUCUCCUAUUGUGAUUCUCUAAUAAAAAUUCCAGAUCUUUCAAGGAGUCAUAGUUUGAAGAAAUUGAAUCUUAGUUGCUGUACAAAUUUAGUCGAGAUUCAUAAUUCUGUCGGAUUUCUUGAUAAGCUUGUUUCUUGGAGUCUUUUCGGAUGCUCUAACCUUAGGGGUCUUCCAAGAAGCCUGAAGCUAAGAUCUCUAGAAUGGCUUAACUUUUAUGGUUGUUCAAGCCUUAUUGACUUCCCUGAAAUUGAGUGUGAAAUGAAACAUUUAAGACAAAUUGGAUUGGGAUACACUGCUAUAAAAGAGCUACCUUCAUCCAUUGGGAACCUCACUGGACUGCAGUCAUUAUAUUUGAAAGGCUGCAAAAACCUUAUUCGUCUCCCAAGCAAAUUACUCCCACUGUUAGCUGUAUCAGAUUCAAGCAUUUCUGAUGAUGAUUAUUCCACAAUAGCAUUUCCAUUGUAUCUUGAAAGCUCUGUGCUAUCAAAAUCAAGCUUUUUUAGGAAAUCUAAUUGCUUGACCACUUUGUCUUGGUUAGAUCUAUCAGGGAGUGAUAUUGUUAGCCUUCCAGAAAGCAUCACAGGAUUUGUAGGAUUGAGGCGCCUUUAUGUGAGGUAUUGCAAGCAACUUCAAGAAAUUCCAAAACUUCCACCAAAUAUAGUAGAGGUAUAUGCCAGUGGAUGCAAGUCAUUGGAAAGCUUUCCAGAAGUCACAAGAAAAUUACAAUUCAAUAUAUGUGACUUACAAGCACUAGAUUUCAUUGACUUGUCUGGAUGCGAUAAAAUGCUGUUGAGUAUAAGGAAUCAUGUGGCAAAUCCUUUAUUGUGUAAGGGACAUGACUAUUUAGAUGGUAUUGUGUUUCCUGGAAAUAGGACUCCAGACUGGGUCAGCCAUCGAAAGGAGAGUUUAGAAAGGAAUUCAUGUGAAAUAGAUAUUAGUGGACACCAAUGUUUGGAUGAUGAGAUCAGAGGAAUUGCUUUGUGUGCUAUUGUUGGACCUGUUCUUUCAUUGCACCCACGCCCUAUUGUUAGUGCUAGGAUCAUCGGAAAUGGUAUCCUAAGGUACAUUCAAAAACAAACAUUUAAUCUAUUUGCAUCUGAUGGAGCCCAAAUGGGGUCAGAUCAUGUAUGGCUAGGGUACUCUGUUCUUGAAUCUUUUGAGCUAAAGGGAGAGAAUCUCCGAGUCGAGUUUUUCACUGAACGGAGUUCAAUGUUCUUUAAAAGUUGUGGAGCCCAUCUGGUACAUAAACAUGAAAAGAGUGCAGAAGAUUAUCCAAGUGUGCUCCAUGAGAAGGUUGAUAACAUUGAAGAAACUGAGAUUUCAGUAGAUUUAAUGGAGGGUAAUCAGCUUUCUAAGAGGCACCUAGAUGAGGAUGAUGAUCCCAACUUGGAACUCAAUUGGUACCCACUACAGAAGAGACAUUGUUCAACCUCGGGCAUCAAAAUCUUGGAUUUGGAGAAUCCUCAAGGACCGAAAGAUUCAAAAGAAGAUUUGAAUUUGGAUCUGGAUUUUUGA